AUGGGGCAAAAAGGGAGCAGGCCACAGAUCACUCAAACUGAUAAAGCUAUUCUGGAAUUAAAAAGAUCAAAGGAUAAUAUUCAUAAAUUCACAAAAAGAACAGAGCAACUUAUUAACGAUGAACGACAAACAUUGAAAGUUCUUAUAAAGGAGAAUCCUGUUGAUUACAAACAAAAUACAAAAAUACGUUUUCUAUUAAAAAGAAUCCAUUAUCAGGAAGAUUUAGUGCAGAAAGCUUCUGAUCAAUUAACAAAUUUGGAAAAUAUGGUAUCAAAUAUAGAAUUCAAAAUAAUAGAGAAACGGUUUGUAGAUGGAUUAAAAUCCGGUAACGAAAUAUUAAAAAAAAUGAAUAGAGAAUUUGGCGAUGUCAAUAACCUCAUGGAUGAUGUACAAAACCAAAUAGACUACCAAAAUGAGAUUGAUAACGUUUUAUCUACUUCUAUUGUAGGUAUAAACAACUAUGAGGAUGAAGUGGAUAAGGAAUUGGAGCAUUUAGAGCAAGAAGUUAACCCAUCUGCAAAAGAAGUAGAGAGACUCCCUUCUAUUGUAAACGUUGCAAACUUAAAGGAGAAUAACAAUAUUGAGGAGAAAUUAAAUGAAAUGCCAGACUCGAAAAGAGAAAAAAUUGCAAUUCUUGACAGUUAA